AUGAUUCACACAUCGACUGCGGUCGAUAACUUCUACGUCGUCGACGUUAAGAACACGCCAUCGAGGUCGAAGGACGUCGAUGAGGAAACCGAGUUUGUGCAAAGAAUUUACGGCGCCUCACUCAUUCGUUCGGCGUGUUUGCUCUUGCGCUCGCCUCUGAGCGUGGUCAUCACGGCUCAGACGCUGUUACAUCGAUUCUACACGAAAAAAUCUCUCACUGAUUACGAUGUCAAGCUCGUCGCGACGGCUUCCAUCGCCUUAGCGUGCAAGCUGGAGGAAAAAGAUCGCAAGCUGCGAGACGUGCUGAAUGCCACGCGUAGGGCGGCGCAGAGACACGAGAACAAACCGCGAGUUGUGAUGGCGAUCAAUACACCAGAGUAUGAAGAGUACAAAUCAGACGCUAAGAACAUGGAGAUGGUGAUGCUGCGAGAGUUUGGGUUCUUUGCGCACGUAACGCCGCCGCACCCGUUCGCGUACACACUGGGUACACACUUAGAAUUGGACGACGAUUUGGUGAAACGGGCGUGGGUGCUGUGCAACGACAGCGCAAUGACGGCGCUUUGCGUGCAAUACAAGCCGGAUGUCAUCGCGUGUGGAUGCAUAUAUUUAGCUGCGAAGGAAUUGGGCAAGGCUUUACCGUCGUCGCCGCCGUGGUUUUGCCUAGUCGACGGCGUGACAAAGGAGAAUUUAGAAGCCAUCGCUGAGACAAUCACGGCAUUUCACGCGGUGGAAAAAGUAGACUAUAAGUGUUUAAGUGGGCGAGGGAGCGAACGUGAGACGAAACAACGUGAAAGGUCUGCGCAUAAUUCGAGCUCGGACCGUGGCCGUCGCCGUAGCCGCAGCCGUAGCCCGAGCGAGAGACGCGUGCGACGACGAGACAGUAGAGAUUACGACAGAGCACGAUAG